UUCACUCCUCUCAUCAUGGAUUUAGGGCACCCAUUGCUCAUUCCAGAGCUUAUUGAUUUAUUCUUCUGGCACAUCCAUACCUCAAAACAGGAUCUCGCCCACUGCGCUCUUGUUACCCGAGCAUGGACAUAUCCCGCCCAAACUCACUUAUUCCGACUCAUUCGUUUUCAUGACGCGCCAGAUGCGUGGACUCCCCUUCUUCUCGCUCUCGCCGACUCCCCACACCUAGUACAACAUGUUCGGCGACUACAUAUUGUAGUAGCUGACGACACUUCCCGCUCGUUUGACGACGCACUGGAGAGGAUUGAGAGAAUCCUCCAUAGAUCCAAUAUCGAAUCAAUCACGUUCGCGUACCUGAAAAAGGUCCUCACUACUCGCUCCCUGCGUGCUCUACGUAGUCUAUUGAGACUACCGAGCCUCAAAGCCGUCGCGUUGCAGUGCAUGUUCCCCAGUCUGGGUGAAUUUGCUGCCUUGUGGAGCAGUUGUUCCACAAAUAUCCGCCAUCUCAAAUUGGUCUUCUCAGUCAAGCCACACGAGAAGGAGGACAACUCCAUUCCUCGCCCUCAACGCUCCACCAUCGUACUCGAGUCAUUAUCCAGUGUCUAUUCGACAGAGGACCCCGCAAUGAGGCUUUUACCAUUCGAUGUCUUCAAACUGAAGACCUUCUCUGCGCUCCAGCUUAGACAGUCUGAGGCACGCCAGCUAUACGUCAGCAACUAUGCCAGUCUCAGAGAGCUUCACCUGGGCAUUCCCGAUCCGGACCCUUAUCCGCGCUUCACUGCACCCCCAGCCCCCCUUCCCACUACUCAGAACAGCCCUGUUAACCUCUCCGCUAUGCCGAACCUCGCGUUGCUUGGCCUCUCCUUCCCCACCAUACCCAAAACCAUCCAGACGGCCAUAACGAUCGCGUCAAGCAUUUCCCCUGAUAUCAACACUAGCUUGCAGACUAUCCAACUCACACCCAUGCGCCACCUGUACAAUUUCAUGCCCUCGCCGGUCGGUAUGCCUGAAGUCAAAGUGCUUGACGAGCGGCUUUCAGGGCUGGGUAUUGGCCAGGUGUUGAUUGUGGCGGAGGUCGGCGAGGUCUGGGAUACGUGGCUGAGCGAGCUACCCAAAGUGAAGGCUCGGAAUUUGCUUCAUCGGGUCGAUAGAGAAUGCGACUGUUGUCGCGGGUUAUCUGCCCGCCCGUAA